UUUUGUUCAAAACCAAUCACCAUUUUAUUGCAAGACAAAAAUUUCAAAAUAAAAACAGAACACGCAUACGCCAUAACAACCGGAAAAUUAUAUUCAAUUUACAGCAAGUAUCAGCCCAAUAUUAUUGUAAAUAAGGAGUUAUAGUACCAACUCUUAUCUGAAUUGUGUACCAUCCGAAAAAUGAAUGAAAAACGCAGGGAUUCUGGCGGGAAAGAAACAUCGUACGUUAAUCAUGCGAUUCGACAAAAUGAAGUUUAUGAGAAAAAAUAUCUUCAAACAGUUCCGACUUUCGAUCGAAAUCGCAACUUGCACAUUGUCAACGACGAAUUCAAUAUUUGGGACGUUAGAGUCGAUUUACGUGGAAAGUUCAGCCGAUCGAAAGUAGAAUCUUUCUACAGGGAUCCUCAAAAUCGAGAUCAGAAUAACAAAUCGGUCGACCAUCGUAUUAUGAGAACGGGGUUAAAACGUUACAGAGCUCCGCUGUCGUAUAAAAAGUUGGAAAAGCUUUCAGAGCUGAGCCAAAAAUGUCCUCAAAUCGACAAUAUUGAACUGUACGCUAAAUCAAAAACAUUGACACAAGUAAUGACACAAGCAGAAAAAGAUCAGAAACUGAUGAAUAAAGCGAAUAUGGAAAUGCAAAACACAAAGAAGGCCUCCAAAAUCUACAAAUUGAGAAAUCAAGAUUUGCCGUUUCCUCUUAUGAAACCCAGUUUGACACCUGAAGAUGUUCAAAAGCAAAGGAGAGAGAGGCCUGCUAAUAGGGUGAAAUUUCGACCAAUCACAAUGAAAGGGGAAGCCGGAGACCACGAGGUUAACAUGCGCAGAAUUCAAUUGCGCAAAAUUGGGAUGGUCGAAAAACUGAAGAAAGAUUUCAUCAGAGAAAUGCAUGAACUGGGCGAAGUAGAGAAAUGCCGAGUGAGUGAAGAUCGGGUGAUUCUCGAGUUCCACGACUGCAAAAGGAUGGAGACCCGGGGAAUCGAUCCCGUCCGGGUUAAGAUGGAGAAGUUAGAAGCCGAUAUCGGAAUAGGACUGAAUGGUAACCGUAAGAACUGCACCAGAGCAUCUACCUUCAAGGGGGUGGUGAAACACGUGAUGAAUAUCAUGAAGUGGACUAGGGCCCUCAGUAUGAGCAAGAACGCCGAGAUCAGAUGGAACUUAGUCAGACAGAAGAUCCCAUUUAGGUUCGACAGAAGUGCAUCGGGUAGACGCGGUGGCAUAUCAGGAGACCCCAGCAACAUGCAAGAGUCGAGAGUGUUCAAGUUCAUCGAAGAACAACCAUGUCUGGACUCCAUGCGACACUCCAGACUCGUUAGAUUCUCCUCGGCUCAAAACACUCUUGUAUCUGCAUCUUUGGAACGAGAACCGUUUGCGUCGAAGGGUGACCUUCUGGCCCUGAAAAGGUCCCUGCCCCCCAUUUGGGUACAAGAGGAUACAAGAAAGCAUCAUUUUUUACACUCCUCGCUAGUAGGAAAUCAGCAUUCGAGUAUAUCAAAUGCCACAAUGAACUCAAACGCAGAAGAAACUGGUGCUAGGCACAUACUUUUACCAGUCAUUGAAGCGAAAAGGUGAUUUGAUAGAUAAUUAAAAAGUGGCUUAAGCUCCCUCGCAGUGAUAUUUUGGUGGGCAAUCCAGUUGUUUCAGAAACAGACCUUGUUUCAAACUGGCAAGCAGACAGUAUAUAUCAGCCGAAUUGCAAUGUCAGUCAGGGGCGCCAAUAUAUAAUAACUUUGAGGGGUAGCGCGCGCCAAAAAAAGCGAUUUUUUUUGUGAAAAUUUUCCAAAAAGUGCCCAAAAAAGUGCCCAAUUUGUCCAAAACAGGGCUCUUUUUCCUUUUCCCCCCCACCUGCAAAUUU